AUGGCAAACUCAGGGGUCCUAAUGACUACUGAUAAUGCUGCACGAGCGUUAGGGGGUGAGUACCAAGUAUUCCUUAGUUUCAGAGGACCCGAUACUCGUCAUGGAUUCGCAGAUUUCCUCUAUAAUGACUUGGUAGAUGCUGGAGUCCGCGUAUUCAGGGACGAAGAUGAACUCCGCAUUGGUGAAGUUAUUGAUGAGAACCUGCUAUGUGCUAUCAAUAGCUCCAAAAUCUACAUACCCAUCUUCUCUAAGACUUAUGCUUCUAGUAAAUGGUGCUUUCGUGAGCUUGUCCACAUAGUAGACAACGUGUCAAAGUCAGAUGUUGAAAAAAGUAUCCUUCCCAUAUUUUUUAAUGUGGAACCUGAGGAUGUUAAACUCAAGACUCCACUAUACAAUGAUGCUUUUUUGGAACACAAGAAGAGGUUUCCUGAGGAAGUCGAGGCGUGGAAAAAGGCUCUUGGGCAGGUAGACGAAAUCAAGGGAUGGAAUGUCAAAAAGAAUCAAAGCCAAGCGAAGAUUGUCAGAUCAAUUGUUGAAAAAGUAUUGGAGAUGCUGGAGAUAAAACACAAAUCAGUGACUGAACUUUUAGUUGGAGCUGAUGAUCGGGUAAAAGAAUUGACAGAUUUAUUAUAUGUCAACCAUGAUGAUGUGCGGCUUGUUGGAAUUUACGGAAUGGGUGGCAUUGGUAAAACAACUCUUGCCAAACUCGUCUUCAAUCAACUAUCCUCCCACUUUGGAAAGUGUUGUAGCUUCCUUGAGAAUGUUCGAGAAAACUCGUUGACUGAAAAAGGCAUUGUCCAUUUGCAAAAGAAAUUAUUAUUUGACAUUGUCGGUUGUGGAUUUGUGGAAAAAUUUAAGGAUGUUGAAAAAGGAAUGAGGAGCAUAGGAAGAACACUCCCAACUAAGAAGGUCUUUUUGGUUCUGGAUGAUGUUGAUAAUAAAGAGCACAUUAAGAAACUAAUAGGAAAAUUUUCAUUACAUUCAGGAUCUAGGAUAAUCAUUACAACAAGAAACACAACUAUUCUGCAAGUUGGGGUUCAAGGUGAAAUUCUAGAGUAUGAGAUGCGAAAGAUGGAUUAUGGUCAUGCAUUUCAACUUUUUUGUCGACAUGCCUUUGGUGCAGACUUUGCUUGGGAUGAUUUUCAUAGGCUUUCAAGUGAUAUUGUCUCACAUAUGGGAGGGCUUCCUUUGGCCAUUGAAGUGGUAGGUUCACUACUUAAAGGGAAAGACAAAGCAUUUUGGAAAGAGACAUCGGUCGGGUUAAGGAAGUACCAGAGAAAGAGAUUCUAA